GCGCCGCCCGCAGCCAAUCAGCGCGCCGGGGACGCUGCGCGCUUUAAGGCCGCUGCGGGGAGAACAGAAACCAAGUUCCCCGGCAACGAGCAGCAUCAACCCGGCGGGAGGCCGGAGCCAGAGAGGCCCAAAAAGGCUGCGGAGUGAGCCGGCCUCUCCGUGUCCAGCGCGCCCCCCUCCGCCUUCUUCCUCGGCCGCCCAGCCCUAAAUUUCGAUUAGCUUUUUCGCCUACGGAAAUCCUAGGGAGGGGGUUAGGAGCAGCUGCGCCCCCCUCCCUGCGGCUGCCGCCCCCCUGCUUUUAAGGCGCUGCUCCCUGCCGCGUGCGCCCGGGCAGUGCAUCUCGGCAGGCCCCAACCAUGUCGAUGCUGCCGUCGUUCGGCUUCACGCAGGAGCAAGUGGCGUGCGUGUGCGAAGUUCUGCAGCAAGGCGGGAACCUGGAGCGUCUGGGCAGGUUCCUGUGGUCGCUGCCCGCCUGCGACCACCUGCACAAGAACGAAAGCGUGCUCAAGGCCAAGGCCGUGGUUGCGUUCCACCGCGGGAACUUCCGCGAGCUCUACAAGAUCCUGGAGAGCCACCAAUUCUCGCCUCACAACCACCCCAAGCUGCAGCAACUGUGGCUGAAGGCGCACUACGUGGAGGCCGAGAAGCUGCGCGGCCGGCCCCUGGGCGCGGUGGGCAAAUAUCGGGUGCGCCGAAAAUUCCCGCUGCCGCGCACCAUCUGGGACGGCGAGGAGACCAGCUACUGCUUCAAGGAGAAGUCGCGGGGUGUGCUGCGGGAGUGGUACGCGCACAACCCGUACCCCUCGCCUCGUGAGAAGCGGGAGCUGGCCGAGGCCACGGGGCUCACCACCACCCAGGUCAGCAACUGGUUUAAGAACCGGAGGCAAAGAGACCGGGCCGCCGAGGCCAAGGAAAGGGAGAACACCGAAAACAAUAACUCCUCCUCCAACAAGCAGAAUCAACUCUCUCCUCUGGAAGGGGGCAAGCCGCUCAUGUCCAGCUCAGAAGAAGAAUUCUCACCUCCCCAAAGUCCAGACCAGAACUCGGUACUUCUGCUGCAGGGCAAUAUGGGCCACGCCAGGAGCUCAAACUAUUCUCUCCCUGGCUUAACGGCCUCACAGCCCAGCCACGGCCUGCAAGCCCACCAGCAUCAGCUCCAGGACUCCCUGCUGGGCCCUCUCACCUCCAGUCUGGUGGACUUGGGGUCUUAAGUGGGGAGGUACUGGGCCUGGAAGCAGUGACUAGGGACACUUGUAAAUAGAAAUCAGGAACAUUUUUGCAGCUUGUUUCUGGGGUUCUCUGCGCAUAAAGGAAUGGUGGACUUUCACAAAUAUCUUUUUAAAACUCAAAACCAACAGCGAUCUCAAGCUUAGUUAGUUACCUUCUUCUCUCCAACUCUUGCAUUUCCCAUCCCAGUGCAGAGAUCAGGAAAAAAAAAAAAACAAAACAAACAAACAAACAAAAAAAAACCCAAAC